GUUUUUGCAGCGCUUGGCCGGGCUUCAAUGCACAGCAGCAGCGAGCCGCGGCGGCAGCAGGCAGCCCGGGAGCUCCGGCGGCGGCCGAGCCAGCGGCGGCCCCGCUCCCUGCCCCCUGCAAACUUUGCGAGCAGCCCGCCCGGGGGGCCGGGGGCGCGCCCGGGAGGCCCGGCUCGGCCCGCGGCCGAGCUCUCCGCCGCCGCAGCGCCAGCCGCCGCCGCCACCACCGCCGCAGCCCCGCGCCUCCCCGGGGAGCAGCCGGCGGCUCCCGCGGCCCCCCAGCCCCGGCCCCAGGGCACUGCCCGGCGAGUGUCUCGGCAAGGGUGGGGGCUGCCGCGGCGCGGCCGGCCGCGGGCUGCCGGGGGGCGGCCGCCACUACCCAGAGAGGCGCGCAGAGGUGCCGAGAGCGCUCCCCGGCGGGUCCCCCGCGCACUCGCCGCGCCCGGGCAGCGGCCCGACCGGGCGAGCAUGGGCGGCGCGGAGUGACGCCGCUGUGCCCGCUUGGCAUCAAGGACAUUCAGCCCGCGGGGGUGGGGACGAAGGGGGGCAGCCCCGCGUCGCCACCGCAGCCCCCGAGAGCCGCCGCCGCUGCUCGGGCUCCGGGGCUGGGUGGAGGAAAAGGGUGUUCGGAAUCGAUCCCCAUUUUCCGACCUUUUUGUUGGACAUUACGCCCACCUUGGACGCCGCAAGAGGAGCUGUCAAGCCCCGCAGGCUCUGAUUCGGCGCCCUCCGCGUUCCUCGGCUGCUCCCGGCUUCCCUGUGCCUCGGUGGAGUAUUUGCGUUCGGGGCUGGGGCUGGAGGAGGCAGCCACACGCGCGCACACGCACACGUUCAGAGGAGGGCGAGAGGCAGCGGCAUAGGCUCCAUCUGCAGUGUCAAUGCGGCGCUCCCGCUGAAGGAGGGAAACGCGGCGCGUCCAGUAGGGGAGACUGCAUUGCUGAGUCCUGGCCCUCUGAGGGGACGACUGUGCCUGAGUGCUGCUGUGCCACUGGGACCCGCCUCUGCCAUGAAAGCCAUGCCCUGGAACUGGACCUGCCUUCUCUCCCACCUCCUCAUGGUGGGCAUGGGCUCCUCCACUUUGCUCACCCGGCAGCCAGCCCCGCUGUCCCAGAAGCAGCGGUCAUUUGUCACAUUCCGAGGAGAGCCCGCCGAGGGUUUCAAUCACCUGGUGGUGGAUGAGAGGACAGGACACAUUUACUUGGGGGCCGUCAAUCGGAUUUACAAGCUCUCCAGCGACCUGAAGGUCUUGGUGACACAUGAGACAGGGCCGGACGAGGACAACCCCAAGUGUUACCCACCCCGCAUCGUCCAGACCUGCAAUGAGCCCCUGACCACCACCAACAAUGUCAACAAGAUGCUCCUCAUAGACUACAAGGAGAACAGGCUGAUUGCCUGUGGGAGCCUGUACCAAGGCAUCUGCAAGCUGCUGAGGCUGGAGGACCUCUUCAAGCUGGGGGAGCCUUAUCAUAAGAAGGAGCACUAUCUGUCAGGUGUCAACGAGAGCGGCUCGGUCUUUGGAGUGAUCGUCUCCUACAGCAACCUGGAUGACAAGCUGUUCAUUGCCACGGCAGUGGAUGGGAAGCCCGAGUAUUUUCCCACCAUCUCCAGCCGGAAACUGACCAAGAACUCUGAGGCGGAUGGCAUGUUCGCAUACGUCUUCCAUGAUGAGUUCGUGGCCUCGAUGAUUAAGAUCCCUUCGGACACCUUCACCAUCAUCCCUGACUUUGAUAUCUACUAUGUCUAUGGUUUUAGCAGUGGCAACUUUGUCUACUUUUUGACCCUCCAACCUGAGAUGGUGUCUCCACCAGGCUCCACCACCAAGGAGCAGGUGUAUACAUCCAAGCUCGUGAGGCUUUGCAAGGAGGACACAGCCUUCAACUCCUAUGUAGAGGUGCCCAUUGGCUGUGAGCGCAGUGGGGUGGAGUACCGCCUGCUGCAGGCUGCCUACCUGUCCAAAGCGGGGGCCGUGCUUGGCAGGACCCUUGGAGUCCAUCCAGAUGAUGACCUGCUCUUCACCGUCUUCUCCAAGGGCCAGAAGCGGAAAAUGAAAUCCCUGGAUGAGUCGGCCCUGUGCAUCUUCAUCUUGAAGCAGAUAAAUGACCGCAUUAAGGAGCGGCUGCAGUCUUGUUACCGGGGCGAGGGCACGCUGGACCUGGCCUGGCUCAAGGUGAAGGACAUCCCCUGCAGCAGUGCGCUCUUAACCAUUGACGAUAACUUCUGUGGCCUGGACAUGAAUGCUCCCCUGGGAGUGUCCGACAUGGUGCGUGGAAUUCCCGUCUUCACGGAGGACAGGGACCGCAUGACGUCUGUCAUCGCAUAUGUCUACAAGAACCACUCUCUGGCCUUUGUGGGCACCAAAAGUGGCAAGCUGAAGAAGAUCCGGGUGGAUGGACCCAGGGGCAACGCCCUCCAGUAUGAGACGGUGCAGGUGGUGGACCCCGGCCCAGUCCUCCGGGAUAUGGCCUUCUCCAAGGACCACGAGCAACUCUACAUCAUGUCAGAGAGGCAGCUCACCAGAGUCCCUGUGGAGUCCUGUGGUCAGUAUCAGAGCUGCGGCGAGUGCCUUGGCUCGGGCGACCCCCACUGUGGCUGGUGUGUGCUGCACAACACUUGCACCCGGAAGGAGCGGUGUGAGCGGUCCAAGGAGCCCCGCAGGUUUGCCUCGGAGAUGAAGCAGUGUGUCCGGCUGACGGUCCAUCCCAACAAUAUCUCCGUCUCUCAGUACAACGUGCUGCUGGUCCUGGAGACGUACAAUGUCCCGGAGCUGUCAGCUGGCGUCAACUGCACCUUUGAGGACCUGUCAGAGAUGGAUGGGCUGGUGGUGGGCAAUCAGAUCCAGUGCUACUCCCCUGCAGCCAAGGAGGUGCCCCGGAUCAUCACAGAGAAUGGGGACCACCAUGUCGUACAGCUUCAGCUCAAAUCAAAAGAGACCGGCAUGACCUUCGCCAGCACCAGCUUUGUCUUCUACAAUUGCAGCGUCCACAAUUCGUGCCUGUCCUGCGUGGAGAGUCCAUACCGCUGCCACUGGUGUAAAUACCGGCAUGUCUGCACCCAUGACCCCAAGACUUGCUCCUUCCAGGAAGGCCGAGUGAAGCUGCCCGAGGACUGCCCCCAGCUGCUGCGAGUGGACAAGAUCCUGGUGCCCGUGGAGGUGAUCAAGCCUAUCACGCUGAAGGCCAAGAACCUCCCCCAGCCCCAGUCUGGGCAGCGUGGCUAUGAAUGCAUCCUCAACAUUCAGGGCAGCGAGCAGCGAGUGCCCGCCCUGCGCUUCAACAGCUCCAGCGUACAGUGCCAGAACACCUCUUAUUCCUAUGAAGGGAUGGAGAUCAACAACCUGCCCGUGGAGUUGACAGUCGUGUGGAAUGGGCACUUCAACAUUGACAACCCAGCUCAGAAUAAAGUUCACCUCUACAAGUGUGGAGCCAUGCGUGAGAGCUGCGGGCUGUGCCUCAAGGCUGACCCAGACUUCGCAUGUGGCUGGUGCCAGGGCCCAGGCCAGUGCACCCUGCGCCAGCACUGCCCUGCCCAGGAGAGCCGGUGGCUGGAGCUGUCUGGUGCCAACAGCAAGUGCACGAACCCCCGCAUCACAGAGAUAAUCCCGGUGACAGGCCCCCGGGAAGGGGGCACCAAGGUCACUAUCCGAGGGGAGAACCUGGGCCUGGAAUUUCGUGACAUCGCCUCCCAUGUCAAGGUUGCUGGCGUGGAGUGCAGCCCUUUAGUGGAUGGUUACAUCCCUGCAGAACAGAUCGUGUGUGAGAUGGGGGAGGCCAAGCCCAGCCAGCAUGCAGGCUUCGUGGAGAUCUGCGUGGCUGUGUGUCGGCCUGAAUUCAUGGCCCGGUCCUCACAGCUCUAUUACUUCAUGACACUGACUCUCUCAGAUCUGAAGCCCAGCCGGGGGCCCAUGUCCGGAGGGACCCAAGUGACCAUCACAGGCACCAACCUGAAUGCCGGAAGCAACGUGGUGGUGAUGUUUGGAAAGCAGCCCUGUCUCUUCCACAGGCGAUCUCCAUCCUACAUUGUCUGCAACACCACAUCCUCAGAUGAGGUGCUAGAGAUGAAGGUGUCGGUGCAGGUGGACAGGGCCAAGAUCCACCAGGACCUGGUCUUUCAGUAUGUGGAAGACCCCACCAUCGUGCGGAUUGAGCCAGAAUGGAGCAUUGUCAGUGGAAACACACCCAUCGCCGUAUGGGGGACCCACCUGGACCUCAUACAGAACCCCCAGAUCCGUGCCAAGCAUGGAGGGAAGGAGCACAUCAAUAUCUGUGAGGUUCUGAACGCUACUGAGAUGACCUGUCAGGCGCCCGCCCUCGCUCUGGGUCCUGACCACCAGUCAGACCUGACCGAGAGGCCCGAGGAGUUUGGCUUCAUCCUGGACAACGUCCAGUCCCUGCUCAUCCUCAACAAGACCAACUUCACCUACUAUCCCAACCCGGUGUUUGAGGCCUUUGGUCCCUCAGGAAUCCUGGAGCUCAAGCCUGGCACGCCCAUCAUCCUAAAGGGCAAGAACCUGAUCCCGCCUGUGGCUGGGGGCAACGUGAAGCUGAACUACACUGUGCUGGUUGGGGAGAAGCCAUGCACCGUGACUGUGUCAGAUGUCCAGCUGCUCUGCGAGUCCCCCAACCUCAUCGGCAGGCACAAAGUGAUGGCCCGUGUCGGUGGCAUGGAGUACUCCCCGGGGAUGGUGUACAUUGCCCCGGACAGCCCGCUCAGCCUGCCCGCCAUCGUCAGCAUCGCGGUGGCUGGCGGCCUCCUCAUCAUUUUCAUCGUGGCCGUGCUCAUUGCCUAUAAACGCAAGUCCCGCGAAAGUGACCUCACGCUGAAGCGGCUGCAGAUGCAGAUGGACAACCUGGAGUCCCGUGUGGCCCUGGAGUGCAAGGAAGCCUUUGCCGAGCUGCAGACGGACAUCCAUGAGCUGACCAGUGACCUGGAUGGAGCCGGGAUUCCGUUCCUGGACUAUAGAACUUACACCAUGCGGGUGCUGUUCCCAGGAAUUGAAGACCACCCUGUCCUCCGGGACCUCGAGGUCCCGGGCUACCGGCAGGAGCGUGUGGAGAAAGGCCUGAAGCUCUUCGCCCAGCUCAUCAACAACAAGGUGUUCCUGCUGUCCUUCAUCCGCACGCUUGAGUCCCAGCGUAGCUUCUCCAUGCGCGACCGUGGCAACGUGGCCUCACUCAUCAUGACCGUGCUGCAAAGCAAGCUGGAGUACGCCACUGAUGUGCUGAAACAGCUGCUGGCCGACCUCAUUGACAAGAACCUGGAGAGCAAGAACCACCCUAAGCUGCUGCUCAGGAGGACUGAGUCAGUGGCUGAGAAGAUGCUGACCAAUUGGUUUACUUUCCUCCUCUACAAGUUCCUCAAGGAGUGUGCCGGGGAGCCCCUCUUCUCCCUGUUCUGUGCCAUCAAGCAGCAGAUGGAGAAGGGCCCCAUUGACGCCAUCACGGGCGAGGCCCGCUACUCCUUGAGCGAGGACAAGCUCAUCCGCCAGCAGAUUGACUACAAAACCCUGGUCCUGAGCUGUGUCAGCCCAGACAAUGCCAACAGCCCCGAGGUCCCAGUAAAGAUCCUCAACUGUGACACCAUCACUCAGGUCAAGGAGAAGAUUCUGGAUGCCAUCUUCAAGAAUGUGCCUUGCUCCCACCGGCCCAAAGCUGCAGAUAUGGAUCUGGAGUGGCGACAAGGAAGUGGGGCAAGGAUGAUCUUGCAGGAUGAAGACAUCACCACCAAGAUUGAGAAUGAUUGGAAGCGACUGAACACACUGGCCCACUACCAGGUGCCAGAUGGUUCUGUGGUGGCAUUAGUGUCCAAGCAGGUGACAGCCUAUAACGCAGUGAACAACUCCACCGUCUCCAGGACCUCAGCAAGUAAAUAUGAAAACAUGAUCCGGUACACGGGCAGCCCCGACAGCCUCCGCUCACGGACACCUAUGAUCACUCCUGACCUGGAGAGUGGAGUCAAGAUGUGGCAUCUAGUGAAGAACCACGAGCACGGAGACCAGAAGGAGGGGGACCGGGGGAGCAAGAUGGUGUCUGAAAUCUACCUGACCCGACUCCUGGCCACUAAGGGCACACUGCAGAAGUUUGUGGAUGACCUCUUUGAGACCAUCUUCAGCACGGCACACCGUGGCUCUGCCCUGCCCCUGGCCAUCAAGUACAUGUUUGACUUCCUGGAUGAGCAGGCUGAUAAGCAUGGCAUUCAUGAUCCGCACGUCCGCCAUACCUGGAAGAGCAAUUGCCUGCCCCUGAGGUUUUGGGUCAACAUGAUCAAGAACCCGCAGUUUGUGUUUGACAUCCAUAAGAACAGCAUCACAGACGCCUGCCUCUCUGUGGUGGCUCAGACCUUCAUGGACUCUUGCUCCACGUCAGAGCACCGGCUGGGCAAGGACUCGCCCUCCAACAAGCUGCUGUAUGCCAAGGACAUCCCCAGCUACAAGAACUGGGUGGAGAGGUAUUACUCAGACAUAGGGAAGAUGCCAGCCAUCAGCGACCAAGACAUGAACGCAUACCUGGCUGAGCAGUCCCGGAUGCACAUGAAUGAGUUCAACACCAUGAGUGCACUCUCAGAGAUCUUUUCCUAUGUGGGCAAAUACAGCGAGGAGAUCCUUGGACCUCUGGACCACGACGACCAGUGUGGGAAGCAGAAACUGGCCUACAAACUAGAACAAGUCAUAACCCUCAUGAGCUUAGACAGCUGAGAACCGUCCUUCCAGGGCCGCCCUGGAGGGGGACACACCAAGCCGUGCCUCAGUCUAGAUUAUCAUCUUUACCAAGUGCAAGUUCCGACUGGCAUCAGCAGCAUCCCCUGAGCAGCGCUGUUUCUCUUUCUCUCUGCCUCUUUCCGUUUCUCCCUCCUUCCUGGAUCUCUUCUCUUCCAGUUGCUCUGCCAACACGAUUGGACCAAGCCACUGACCCUCAGUUAGUCCAAGAAUGGCCAGGCCCAUGGCAAGGGAACUGACCAGAAGACGUCAGAGGGGCCUCUAUCUCCCAGGUGCUCCUGACCCCGUGCAUGUCAGCAGCAGGGUGCAAAUAACGAAUGAGGAGCCAGGGACAGGAGACGUUUCUGUGCUGCUACUUCACCUUCCACUUUGGCAGCCCCUGCUUUGGUCUGAGCCUUGGCCUAGGGAAGAGGCAAGGAAGGAGUUCAGUAUUAUCUUUACUGGGAAGACAUCACCUGGCUCUCCCUUCCCACAGUUCCACCUCCAGUGGUUCAGCCAGUGGUCUGAUCGCUUUGCAGCUGUGAGAAGAAAGGCUACACCUCCUGCAUGUGGCUGGAGCAGGGCAUGUGUGAGCAGCUGGGAGGUGCUCCUUGAGGCUCCUUCUCCCCAACUGGGCUGGUGUCCGGAGGCUUCCUGUCCUUUUCCAGGUCUCCAGAGGGACCUGCCUGCCCUGCCUGCUCCCCCGCCAGUAGAAAGCCAGGCAGGAGAAAGAAUAGCAAUUACAUUCCACCAUGGAGAUGCUCCUGACCUUUUCAUCUGAAUCCUAGCAGCAGAAAUGUAACACAGAGGGGGAGAAAAGGAAAGAGAGUUGCAUCUACCCUGGAAGCAGAAUUUGUUUUCCAUUUACCCCCAAAUUCAAAUGAGUCACAAUCAUAGUCAUAGGUCUAGUCCAUUACCAGAGCCCUGAGUGCUGUCAAGAGAAAGCAUCUAUCUCCACCCUCCUUUGUCACCCUUCAUCAAGGGUCAACGUGAAAUGCAGAGUGCAUCUAGGAGAUUCUACCUCCAGCCAUCUCCAUGGCUCCAUCCCCACCAUCCUUCCUGAGAACUCCAUAGACGGCUGGGGCCAACAGCCUAGUCCCUGUUCCCUCUGCAGAAUCCGGUGCCAUUGCUAUGCAGAUGACUUUGUCACUGGGCUGUCCAGACCUCUUUGGGAAUGAUUUCAUCAACAUCUCAGCUGUCUCUUUCAUCAUUCUCCUUCCUCAUCUCUUCAGCAGUCAUCCUUGAAAGAAACAGACUUAAGCAAAGCCUCACGGAGACAGCCCAAAAUGCCAGCCAACCUCAGCCUCCAGCUUGUCAGAUCUGGGAGGGACAAAGAGUCGAGCUGAUGGGCCUGGCUGGAAUUAAGAAGAGGGACAUACAAAUGACCUUGGCCUUGGCAUCCAUCUCCCCAUCUGUUCUCACAUCUACAGAUGCACGAUUUUAGCCAGGCAGGCAAAUGUGUGCCUAGAAGUGGAUACUAGGUAAGCAGAGGCUAUGGGGAGAGAUGGUCUAAUGGAGGGUUCUAGGAACCUUUCAUCCUAAGGAGACCUUAGGUGCUGUCUGGUCCGGUCUCCCACCCUAAGCAGGAGUCUCUGUUGGCACCUCUGCUCUGGAGUUGUUCACCACUAUGGGAGACAAGGAGAAACAUCUUAGGUGAGGUUGAGGAGAAGGAUUCACAGUCUUGCCUUCACUCCCCAAUCCCCCAUCAGACAUCGUUCCUUGUCACCCACUCAGAAUGAGACCCCCUUGGGGAAGAAACCACACCAUUUCCAGCAAAGUCCAUGGAGCAUCCGGUACUUUUAAGAACACUUGCCCCUUUGGAUAUGAAUAUGUGCACAUGUGUGGGAGCACAUGUGCAUGUAUGUGUGUGUGUGUCUGCCCCAGGUGUAGGCGGAAAGCUCAAAAGGAUUUCUUGUCCUUUGUAGGAGGAUUUUUGAAGUGUUCCCCUUCUCUUUCCCCUUGCUCCUCCAUUCAUCCUGCAGCUUCAGGACAUUUCAACACUUACUUGCUUUCUAUGCUGAGAGCUGGUGGGUGGAAGGAGAGGGCGCUUGUCCAUAGGAAAUCAGGGUGGUCACCUGCCGAGGCCUGGACCUCGGAACAGGGCAUCAUGUGACAUCGCAGAGGACAGAUGGUGGAAAAGACAUGAGCAACCUAAUGGGAAGAGGAAAAUGGGAAACAAUGCAUUGGAAGAGGAAGAAAAUAAAUAAAUAACCAAAGGUUUUGGCAAGUGCAGUACCAAGUGGAGAAGCUUGACUUUUCUAUCCUUGAUCAUUUUAUUCCCUCCCAAGAAGUCAGUCACAGGACCUGGAAGGCCAGAAAGGGUGCAUGUGGGAGACGGUCUGAGGAAGUACCUCGGUCACUACAAUAUUUUUGCACAUAUAAAGGGUUGGGGAGGAAAGAGACACAAACGUAUUUAACACAGAUUUGCUGGAUGGAAGCUGCGUGUGUGAACGUGUGUAUGGGACUAAGGGGAUGCAGUAAUGUGAAGUCAAAUACUUAACCGAGCGAAGGGCCAGUAUUGUUAUCAGUCAAGGACAAACCUCCCACCUCACAGACAGCCAAGCAGUGAGGGAAAGACAGACAGACACAGGUAAGAAGGUGCUCUGCAGGCACAAGGCCCAGAGAAGCCCCUCUCCGGGAACUUCCCCUGCUCCUUCCAGGAACAGUGAGCCCAGUGAGCAGCCCCAGCCAGCUCUUCAAGGCCUUCAAGGGGUCUUUCCAUGACUGAGUCACCUCCAGGAGCUCACCUGGCCCCCAGAGAAGACCUACCCCAGGCAGCUCCGUGCCCUGGCUUCUCCCCAUGCCCCAAAUCCCCCCCAGCCAUCCCUCCUGGUCCUCGUCUACAUCAAGGGCCUCUUCCCCUCUUCCUGCCAGCUCUCAGGACAGGUGACUAGGAGGCCUUGAACCCUCAGCCUCUUCCUUUAAAAAAAAAAAAAAACAAAACAAAACUGUGGGCCAUUUAUUUGGGAUUUUGGAGUUGUUUGGUUUUUGUUUGUAUAUCUUAAUAGUUCGAAAGUAAGAAGGGAGCCCUGCUAUGGAUGUUAAGUCCAAAUUACUCGGUUAGUGGGAGCAAAACCUAUGACUUCCAAGGGGAUGAGGAGAGGCUCAGAGGACAGGAGGAGCCUCCCUCAUUGAAAAAAAAAUGGGUCAGGACAUUCCCUGGAUGAGGACAAUGCUAGGGGUGGCAUCUCACAUGGCUGCUGCUAUUCCUGGUGCUUCCCCACACUUUUGACAGAUGGAGUCCUUCUCCUACCGCCUCCUGCCACCUCACCCUACAGGCAUUCUCUAUGUAGGAAACAAGAGCCUUAUUUUAUAGAGUGGGGAGCUGAGACAACAGCCCCAGGUAACACUGACACAGCUCCCGAGUGAGGCUGGGACACUCUGCAAACCUCUCCUCAUGGUGCUGAGGGUGGCAUGCUCAUGACAGGAAACCUAAAUGACCACUCCUCUCAUUUGGAAAGUAAUCCACUGCAGUAAAAGUUUCAGACAUGCAAGAGAGAGUUUUUGUUUUGUUUUUUUUACUACAAAUUUUUGCUCCCCCAUAAAAUUAUUUUUUUAUUAGAGGGAGUAUCCAAGUUUUAAAAGUAUAUAGAAUUUUUUGGUUGUAAAAGAAAUACAUACUCAUUAGGAUCCCAAUUAAAUUCCUUGAGUAGACUGGUGCCUACCAGAAAGCAAAGCAAAGUUAAACAAAACGAAACAAAAUCCUUCAUAUACAAAAAGAACUUUCUGUUUGUAUUGGCAGAGGUAGUGAGGUGAUUCAGGUAGGCUGAAAAUCCUGGGUUGCGGGAGCCUCACUUUAUUCCAUUCCCACCCGCUUUGAUGUCUAUGCUUGGCUCUCUGGGCUGCCCCUGGUACUGCCGAAUCCUACACAUCUCUUAUCAGCUUUCCUCAAACUUUAAGGAGGCUCUGUGAGGGACGGGUCAUGGGAAGACCCAAGCUUUCCCUCCGCCAGGAUUGCAAAAGCAAGUAGACUUGGUCUAUGCAGCUCAUCUUCCAGCAAUUUCUUUAUUUGGAAUUAGAACUUCCUUUGUUAGUAUCUUUGAUCUUUUGACUCAAGCACAUUUUGGAAGGGCUCCCUUACAAAAGUAGAAUUUAAAACAGAGGAUACAGUUAAAGAGCAACCCAAAGGACGCUUAAGAAACCGAGACCACUUCACCAAACAGGACUAAGGAACACUUUCGUGCACAGAAGUCAGCCGCAAUCCAGGCACAGGACGAAGAUGGGAUACACGUGCUCAUCUGUCUGUCCUCCUUUCCUCUCCCUCCCCGACGUUCUAGUUAGCUUGUUGACUUGUUAAACCUUCUGUUCUUAAAAUGAAAAGCUAGCUUACCUCAAAGAAUCUUGUUUCCAUUCGGAAACCAAUGAUUUUGUGUUUUAGAAUGGACAGCCCUCACCUCACCACUCCCUACCUUGGCCUGGUGUCCUUGAGACAUACGGUCUUUGCUUAGUCGUGUGUUGGCUGCUUUGAGCAGGAACAAGGCCUCCAGGCCCCGAGGUGGGAAGGAAGGAUUGGAUGCCACUGCCCUCCUCCCCACUUUAGCAUGUAGGGGCCAGCCCAUCUCUUCCAGCAGGGUCCUGCUGAGUUACCAUAGCAACCAGCAACUCCAGGGUACCACAACAGACAAUGGCUCAGCGAGCCGACGUGUGGGGAUGAUGCAGGGGUUUUGGCCCAGCCAGAUGACCCAGAGUUGAGCUUCAAAUGCUAGAGAAGGGGAGAAACAGGAUGGAUGGGUGGUUUAAGGAACUGGCAGGGGUCUUUGAGUCACAUAGAGAAGCCGUUGAAGGAGGUAGGGCAGGUUAUCUCUGUUCCAGUCACCCCCUUCCAGCCCCAUCCCACUUCUGUUUCAAACUAAAGCUCCCACCUCGAACAUUGACCCUUUGUUAGAACAAAGCAAAACAUAUCUUUAGACAACAGUGUUAAAAUGAGCCUCAAAUGUAUGUGGAUGAGAUCUCUAAGAAGAGGGUCUUCUGGUUUUGAUUUUUAAAGAAGAGUAUCCUAGUAAAAUAUUUAAAAAAAAUUAAAAAGUUUUUAAAAAGGAAACCUAUGCUAUUUAAAUUGGAGCCCAGUUGUAACUUGGUAAAGGCAAGCUUCUGUACCUUUGUUAUAAUUAAUUGUAUACCUGUGUAUGUAAAUAUAAGGCAUUCCUAUUUUGCAGUUCAGAACAAAAAAAAAACUUAUUUGUAAUAUAGAAUAAAGUUUAUUAAAAAAUAAUAAAAAUGCA